CUGGCGGGAGCAGCAAACCCGGAAGAAGCUUGACUGACUUACAGAUGAAAACAAAAUAAAGUUUUCUCUUUUAUUUUUACUUUUUUUAAUCCAUCAUGGCUUCUGAUCGUGAAGCAGAGUCAGAUAACGGGAUGUGGGUUAAAACUCGAGAGGCCGUGACACAUUUCCGGAAGCUGCUUUUGUGUUCUAAAUGCUCAAACAUCCUGAAAGAGCCCGUGUGUCUCGGAGUCUGUGAGCAUCUGCUGUGCAGUCAUGUGUGUGUGUGUUGCUCCAGGUCGUGUGCAGCUCCUUGUGUGGGAGAUGGAUGCAGUGUGUGUCUCAGUCCCGCCUGGGUGAAAGACGUCCACAUUAACAGGCAGAUCAGUAACAUCACGCAGCUCUUCCUGCAGCUAGAGGCCUUGCUCUGUCCCACUCAGUGCUCAGCGGCUCCCGCUGAGUCUUCAACACCCUCGACGGAACCUGGAGUCCUCACCAGGAAGAAGAACUUCAAGAUCUGGUUCAGUCCAAAGAGCCGUAAAGUGCGCUGUCGAGUGGAGAACCCAGCAGACUCGAACCCGCCGGCGCCAAAACGCUCUGACUCCAGCGUGCUGUCCGUCUUCAACUUCACUUCCUCCUCCCAGGAUUCGGGUUCCUCCACACCUCCCAGGACGAGCAGAAGCACUGAACAGAAAAAGAAGAAAGAACGUAAGAAACAAAAGAGCAUCGUUAGGAAGCCGAUCCGAGGCACUAGGAGUCAGAGUAAGGAAAAGAAGAAGAGGCUGGAGGCUGCGAAUCAGCAGUGGGGGUUUGGGAAAGAUGAUCUACUGGAGGAUGAGGAGAAUUCAGUGAACCAGAGCGAGAUGAGGAGCUGUAAGAGGGUGUCCUUCCGAUGUCCAAGCAGUAGCUCUGAACAGGAAAAGGAGGUUCCUCAGGGUGACAAACAAGUCCUCAGUCCAAUAAGGAGUCAGACGAGGAGCAUCCUGAAGGACGGGACGGAGAAGACACCUGACGUCAUGUCGGUCUCCGAGAUCCAACAACAGCCUCCUUCUUCUCUGAAAAGAUCCAAACCAGAAAGUGGAAGCCCCCAGAGCACACCGAAGCGUCCCAGACUGUCUCCAGGCCAGAGGAGGAGAAGGAGAUCAGGUUCAUCUCCAGACACCUCUCCGUAUUCCAGUGUUCCUGAAAGAUCCAUGAAAGAAAGCCCAGGGAGCUCUCCCGCCACUGGGAGGAGCCAGACUAGCCCCGCCUACAUGAAGAGGAACCAUAAAGGAGAGACGCCUCUGCACCUCGCUGCCAUUAAGGGUGACGUGGAGGUGACGAAAGCGCUUCUGGAGCAGGGAGCCGACCCCAACCUGAAGGACCAUGCUGGCUGGACCCCACUGCAUGAGGCGUGUAACCUGGGUCACGUGGGUGUGGUGAAGGUGCUGCUCCAGCAGGGGGCGCUGAUUAACACACCCGGCUACGAGAAUGACUCUCCUCUACACGACGCCGUGAGGAAUAGCCACGCUGCUGUCGCCAGGCUGCUGCUGGAGCAUGGCGCCUCGACCACUGUACUGAAUAUAUUUGGCCUUCGACCUGUUGAUUACGCCAUGACUCCGGAAAUGCGAGAGGUCUUAAGUUUGGUCCCUGAGGCACUUCAUCGAGAAACUCCCCCAAUGAGCUCUCCAGCAAAUCUGUCAAAGUCUCAGGCUGUGAUGAAGAAGGAUGUCCAGGCCACUCUGAUUGGGAGUAAACUGACAGUAGCUCAGCAGAACCAGCUCACCAAAGCGGCUCAGGUUCUGGGAGGAAAACGAGUCGAGACUUUCUCCAGCGCAGUCACACAUGUGGUAGUUCCGGAUGGUCCCCUGCCCUCCACCCUCACCGUCCUGCAUGGGAUCCUCAACGGCUGCUGGAUCGUAACAUUCACAUGGCUGGCCGAGUGUCUGCAGCAGGGCCGUCGGAUAGACGAGAGCGAGUUUGAGGCGGGCGAAGGUCCACAGAGGGCUCGAGUGAACAGAGUCAGUUUGCUGCCUCCUCUCUUCGACGGCUGCUUCUUCUACCUGCUCGGCUCUUCCCACAAGCCUCCGAGAGACGAGCUGGUGCAGCUGGUGAAAGCAGGAGGAGGCCAGAUGCUCAGCCGGCAGCCCAAAGCCGACAGCGAUGUAACUCAGACGGUGAUGGUGGCGGCGUAUCACGCCCAGCCUGACUCGGAUCAAGCGUUGUGCACUCACUACGUACUGUACGAGCCGCAGAACUCAAGCAGGCCCGGACCGGUCCGUUUGGGCAAAGUGUGGUCGGCUCCUUCAUCAUGGCUGCUGGACUGCAUCAGGGCCUUCAGCCUCCUUCCUGUACCCGAGCUAUGACUCAAUUUACGCCUUGUAUGUAUGUAAUGUUAACUGAUGGAACACAAAUCAUGAACGUAUGACGCAAGCUGGUAUCACAUUUCUGAUUUUCUGCAUUACUGAAAUGAUCAGAUGAUAUUCAGAGCUCUUUUAACAUCACUAUAAAAUAUCAAUAGGCCUUAUUUAUAUUCCUCAGUGUUUUUUACUACGUCUAUAUUUGUGUGGAAAUUUUCGUCGACCAAACUCGGGGGGAGAUUUACAAAAAUCUGAUGUUGAUAGACUCCAAUCAGCCGUAAAUUACUAAGUCUGUUCAAGGGACGAAUGAUUUUCAUUCAGCCACGCUCACAAAACUCCAUAAAAGGAAAGCUCACAGAGAGCUGAAAACGACUAAACGGUGAAAAGGCACUUCCUAAGUGCACCUUCCAGUAAUGCAGCUCAGCCAUUGCAGCGCAUCAUCAACUACAGACAAACAUGCACUCAUGCUUUCCUUUUGUAGGGCGCCAUUACUUUUGUCUUGAUUCAUGGAUUUGUUUUGGAUCGCAUUCUUUUAAGUCGGUAAUAUAAAAUGCCUGAGUUUGAAAAAAAUGUUCUUUCAAUGAGUGCGUCAUUGAAAUAAAUAAGUGAUGCUCAUGAUGUGUAUAAAAUCAAUUACGAUUUGAAGGUGAUCAUGGAUUCGAUUUUCCUUAGAUGCAACUUUAUACAAACUCAGGAGGAUGUAAACAAAUUAGAUUUUCAUGAACACAUUUUGUAUAAAAGCUCCUGCGAACGAAUUUUUGUAGCUUAAGUGUUUUGUAUUAAUAAUUCUCUAGGGUUUUUUUUAAUAAAUAAAGCCAUUAUUUCAAGUCGUAUGCACAUAUACAAAGAACAUCUGUAAAAUGAAAUGUAUGUAAUGUGAAAUGUUAAAAAAAAAAAACUAUAAAGAGCA